AUGCGUCUGCCUUACGCCCCUUCCACCCCGCCUGUCGAUGCGCACCCUGACACCGCCGACAUCUAUGCCCGCAUCGCGGAGCGCAGAAACCCCCGUCCUUUAAUCCCGCUUGACCUAUCCCUCCUCCAUAGCCCACCUGUCGCCGAUGGCUGGAACAGCUUCAUCGGAGCUAUUCGGUCGCGCACUUUGGUUGACUCUGGUGUCAUGGAGUUGGCAGUCUGCCGUGUCGCUGUACUCAAUAACGCUGUUUACGAAUGGAAUGCCCACGCUCCACUGGCUCUCAAAGGUGGUAUCAAGCCCAGUCAAUUGCAGGCUGCUCUCACACUGCCUUGUACCGCCGAGGGAGAUAUUUCCGAGCUUGAGACUAGCGCACUCACCCCACAACAGCGCGCCGUUUUACGCUAUACCGACCAAAUGACUCGCACCAUUAAAGUUGAAGAUGCUGUUUUUGCUGAAUUGAAGACGGUCGGGUACGAUGACCGCGAGAUCGUGGAGCUCACCACUGGCAUCGCCGGUUAUAACUGUGUGAGUCGGUUUUUGGUUGCACUGGACGUCGGCGAGAACAACGGUCGCGAGAUGAAAACCGUGGAUGAGCUGGUUGCUACUCUGCAAUAG